GUUUCAUUGAGAUCAAAUAUAAGAUUCUUGUAUUUCGUUUCAAUGAAUUCAGAUGAAAGUAACGAAUGCUUUCUUUAUUACUUGAACAAAAGCUUAAUAAAACUAAGGGCUAUAGGACCUGAGUUAUGUAUUUUUGCAAAUUACAUAUCUAACUUCUUCGACACUCCUCCUUGCUUAGUUGCUUGUAUUCACAUCGUCUCCUGUCAGUUGCCUCGAAAUGCCUACAUCGACCUACUUUGACAAAUACCCCCCUUUUCCCUCCAACAUCCCAGUGGCAAACGUGCCCAUUUUCUCCUUCCUUAAACUCGCAGUCAAUGAUGAACAUGAGUCCUUCGCUCUCUUCGAAGCUAGUCGUCAUAUAGGCUUCUUCCAGCUUGACUUCACAGGCUGUUCAUUCGGUGAUCAAUUUCUCAAGAAUACAGAGACAAUGUUCAACCUGAAUACAGAAUUGUACGCAUUGUCUAAAACGGAGCUUAACAAAUACGCCUAUAGCCCCCCAGUUUCUCUCUUUCGAUACAAGCCCUUAGGUUAUCACAAGAUUGGCAAAAUCGGAGAUCGAGUCGAGCUGUACGGAAUUAGUCGCGAUGACAUAACUGGGGCUUCCGAGCCCCUUGCUAAUCCGAGCUGCAUCGAACGUUGUCGCCCGCAGCUGAAGACAUAUAUUGAACAGGCCAACGAAAUUGUAAACAACAUUCUGGGGCAUUUAGAAAAACAUCUGAAGCUUCCACUGGGUACUUUCUCACAGUUGCAGCCAAUGACUGAGCCAAGCGGCAGUGUCCUACGAAUGUUGAAGUAUGAGCCGCAGCCGCCCGAUGACCGCCGUACUGCUAUGAUGGGGCACACCGAUAUCACUACACUAACCCUUCUUUUUAGUACAACUGGAGGUCUCCAAAUUCUUAACGAUGACGCAGAUCCUCAUCUCGAGUCUUCUUGGACUCACAUCAAACCUCAGCCAUCCACCUGUAUCGUCAAUCUUGGCGACGCAAUGGUUGAAUGGACUGGUGGGAUCCUUCGCUCAGCCAUGCAUCGUGUGACCUCUCCCCCUGGCGAUCAGUCAUCUAUGACCCGCUAUGUAGUUGGUUACUUUGCCCGCCCUGCCGGCGAUUCCCUCAUGAAACGACUAGCACCUCCUGAGUAUCCUUUUUCACUCGUAUCACCCGUCAAGGAACCAGAGAACUCUGGAAAUGAUAUGAACGCGAGAGAUUGGGAGUGGCAUAAACUCUCCUCAGUUAAAGCAGGUAAUAUGGGAGGAAGCUUGGGUGGUAAACCAUUUGAGCAAAAGAGAGACUUGAAUGAGUUGUUCCCGGUUGUUGUUGAUGCGGCUUGAAGUAUUUGUUCUCGUAUCUGAAGUCUGAAAAUUUUAUGUUGUAUCCGAUCUUGAAAUCGUCAAUGAGCACAGAGUUUCAUUUCCACUGUCGCUUGUCUCUCAUCUGUAUUUUACCGCUUAGCACACGAAAAGUUUGUGUACUUAUUUAUGCUUGGUUCCUGGCACCAUCAGAGGUGAAUGAACUCAUCCCUAUUAUUGCUGGCAUGAGUACUCUUUUUGACUUAAUUCUACGUGAAAUA